ACCCCGCACACACCUCACCACAAGUUCAUACGAGAUUUGAACGCGCGCUGGGAGGAAAUGUUGUUGGUUCGCACGCACAGCUUAACGAUCGUACCACGGGGGGCACCCCGAUGUUGAUCGUUAAAAUUUGGAUUUGUUAAACUUUGCUACACCUUACAACUAUGCAUACAUAGUAACGAAGCUUGAAUCGAUCUGCCCAAUUACGUUUUGCAAAUUACAUGAUCAUGUUGCUAUCGUGCAUCUGUGCAGUUCCUCUAAUUGCUACUAUCGACCACUAUCUGAUAGUAACUCUACUCAACGCACAUGGGAUAACAUGAUGCGCCGUCGUCUCCGUUCCUAGUGUUUCCCCCCUUGGGUUCCCUAGUGCCCCAGCAUCUUGACUGAUCUGAACCCGUCUUACGAUGUGCGAUUCUACUCCCACCCAGUACGGUACACACUAACCGCGGGUAAUUCUACCCGGGGUCGUAUAAAAACGAGCUUCUCCGAUGGCACAAUUUUCAGUUCACCAGCGGUGCUGCAGCUAUCCGGAGAGUGUGGAGCCGCAAUCGCGUUCGGCACGUGCCUGUAGGAGGAAUUCAAAAUAAUUUGACGCUCGUUAAACCGUUUAUGUGUGUGCUUACCCAACGCCACCAUGAUAGUGCUUGUGUUUAUCGGCGUGUUCGCCCUGGUGUACUACGUUAACUUUCGCCGUACGCGCAAGCGGCUGUACGAGCUGGCCGAACGGAUACCGGGCCCGUUCGACUAUCCGCUCAUCGGUAGCAUGCUGCUCACGAUCGGCAAAUCUCCGCUCGAGCUGGUAACGCACCUGAUGGAGCUGAUGCAUCACCUUCCGUCGCCGAUGCGUGCCUGGCUGGGGCCCUUCCUGCUGGUCGUCGUCGAUCGGCCGGAAAUGGUGCAGGACGUGCUGAGCUCGCCCGACUGCGUGCAGAAACCGUUCAUGUACGACUUUUUCCGGCUCAGCAAGGGGCUGUUCGGGGCCCCGGCGGACCAGUGGAAGCGGCAUCGCAAGCUGCUCAACGCGUCCUUCUCGCCGGCCGCCCUGAAAAGCUUCGUGCCGACGCUUAACGCCAAGGCGGACCAAUUUACCCGCGAGCUUGCGGGCAAAGUGUCGGGCGAGUGUUUCGAUGUUCAUAAGCUGCUGGCCCGCUACACACUGGUCACCAUCUCGUCCACCACGCUCGGGGCGGACCUGAGCGUCGAAAAGCGGGAAGUGCUGGAGGAAUACACCAGCAACGCUAUACAAAUGUUUACCAACUGCUUUGAGCGUAUCUACAAGGCCUGGCUCCAUCCAGAUUGUGUCUACCGCAUGACGGCGGCCUUCCGGGAGGAGGAGAUCCGAUUCAAGAGCUUCAAACAGAUGUCACGAAAGAUAAUAACCAUGCGACAGGCCCUGCUGAACACCAAACCAACAAAGGCCGAAUACCAGCAGGACUCCGAUCCGGAGGAAAACCAGGAGCUGCCGAAGGCGAAAAUCUUCAUCGAGCGGCUGGAGGAGAUCGCACACGAUCCGGCCAACGGCAUCGACGAGGACGGCUUCCAGCAGCACAUCGAUACGAUGAUGUUCGGUGGCAACGAUACGUCCGCCCAGGCCCUCUCCAACACCCUGCUCACGCUCGGCAUGUACCCGGACUGGCAGGAGAAGGUGUACCAGGAAAUCAUGGACGUCGUACCGCACGGUCCAGUCUCGUACGAGGAUCUCACCAAGCUGACGCUGCUGGAGAUGUUCCUGAAGGAAACGAUGCGUCUGCUGCCCAUUACGGGCCUGAUCGCCCGCACACCGAUGAAGGAGGUGCAGGCGCAGGACGUCACCCUUCCGGUCGGCUGCUUCGUGCUGAUUCCCUUCCUGAAGAUGCACCGCGACAAAACGAUCUGGGGCCCGGACGCGGAAACCUUCAACCCGGACAACUUCCUGCCGGAACGGUGCGCCCAGCGCCAUCCGUACGCGUUCAUCCCGUUUAGUCAGGGACCGCGGAACUGUAUCGGCAUGAAGUAUGGCUGGCUGUCGAUGAAGAUCUUGCUGUGCCAUGUCGUGCGCCAGUAUCGCAUCUCCACCGACAUCAAGCUGCGCGAUAUUAAGCUCUCCCUCUCGCUGGUGAUGAAGCUCAACACGAAACAUCUGAUACGGUUGGAGCAACGGUGAAUGUGGGAAGGCGAUCCCGUUUUUUUGUGAUAUUGGAGAGAAAUAUAUGCGUCAUCAUACCUCGUACCAGGCACUCGUGCAAUUGGCCAGAUCUAAGAUCAGAACCUU